AUGGUUAUCGUGUUCUUCGGCGACUCGCUUGUGCAGGGCGCCGCCGAAGUACAAGAUGGUUUCUCAUUUCAGGGGGAGCUGCAACAUCGAGUUAUCCGCCGGUAUGAUGUCGUCAAUCGAGGAUUUUCAGGGUAUAACACCGCCAACGCUGUCAAACUCCUCCCUGAGAUCUUUGCGCCUGCUUCAGACAACACCGCACGAAUAGAAUACUUUUUCGUGCUCCUUGGAGCCAACGAUGCUGUCAUCCCCCUGCCCUCAACGACCCAGGGCGUUCCAAUCGACAAAUUCAAAGAGAAUCUUAGGCAGAUCGUAACGCACCCCAUCAUUACGAGCCACAACCCUAAGAUCUUCAUCGUGGCGCCUCCUCCUCUCGACGAGAUUCAUGCCUCGCAGCAGGACAUCAGCAACGGCCAUCCACAGGGGACACGGACGGCCAAGAUCAGCGCCCAGUACUCGGAAACCGCCCGAGAGGUGGCCCGCGAGGUUGGCGUAGAGAUUGUGGACCUCUACAAGGCCAUCAUGGACAAGGCGAUCGAGCUGACUCCCGGAUUUGACGGCGGCGCAGGAAAAGUGCUGGGAACGCCGGAGUGUGGCAAGCAAGGGGGGCUGGAGAAGCUUUUGCGGGAUGGAUUACACAUGAGCGGAGAUGCUUACAGAGUAUUUUAUGAGAUUGUGAAGCCGAAGGUUGAGGGAGACUGGGCGAAGGCACCGGAGCAGGAGAGGGCUGGCAAUUCCAUCCAGCCACAGUGCAAAAGCCGGGCUUCGCAGCACAAUGUACUCCGUACACCUCGCAAGGUGCUCCGCUCCGACAAGAUUGGCUGGCUCAACCAGGCUGGAACUGUGCAGCGUGCCUGCCAAAUUAACCAGGUUCCAAAGCCUUCCUUGGAAGUAUCUUUGAUUGCUCUCCCCCCCUUCGGCCAGCUAAUGUUUAAACAAAAUAACAUCCUCUCCUUCGACCUCGAUCUGUUCAACGACUCCUUGCGUCCUCUGACCGCCCCCACAAACUCAAUAUCACCACAACCCGCGAUCGCCCACCUCCGAACUUGUCAACAAUCUCUCCCCCUUUCGACCACGCUCUUCCCACACGCAGCUUGCGCCCCCCGCGACCUCCCGGCCGACUCGACCCUUCCUGCCGAGUUUACGAUUUCCUUCGCCGUUACCCAGGCCGCCCCUGUCCGUGUCUGUGACGAGAUUUCCUUCUUCGUUGACGGCAUGGAUCAACGGUUUGCGGUGACCCGUGACGAAAUCAACGGCAUUCAAAUGGACUUGAAGCACCUGCAACAUACCCAAGCCAACCACGCAGAGAGACUCUUCCGUCUGGAGCGCCGUCAAGCUGAUGAUGCUGCCAUCAAGGCUGCCUGGUCGCCAUUCCCAGGCGUCUUAGCUACUACCCCUCAACAUGGCCCCGUUUCCAUGCCUCCCAACGAUGAUGACCUAGAUGACUUCGACAGCCAUCUGAUGGGCUCGCUUCACCUGCCACCUGCCGAUGAGGAACCAGUCCGACGCGGAGCUGCUUCGCGUGCCAAUAGUGUUCGGUUUGACGAGAGUGCUUUGCACGGGUCCAGCUGGGGUGGCGGCGGCGUGCAGAACAGCCGGCAUUCGGGAGAGUUUGUCCGUCCCGGCAGCGGCCUCUUGAUGGAGCGCUCAUUCUCGCACAAGUCGGAUGGCAGACACAGUUCGGCGGGUCAUAGCGUUCACUCGUUGCACUCUGCGCCUUCUGUAGGACGAGCUAGUAGUGUUGGCGGAGACGCCGAGUCGCCUCUGAGCAUACCCGAGCCGCUCCCUGCGCUUUUCUCCCUUAGUUCGGUCCCUUCGAUUAUCCGUUGCUGGCUGACGACCCAGUUUGCCCACGACAUGCUACUCUACGCCGACGUCUGCACGGGCUCGCGUAGGUCGACGGUCGAGUACUCGCUGGUCAAAAGCCUCGGGCUUUUGGAGGACGCCGAGAUGGGAUUCGAUGGCAUCACUCGUGUCACGCUACCGGUAUAUCUCGCCGAAGCCAUUGUAUCUCAACAAGCCAGUCGCUCGCAGAGUCCGUCGCACGAGAUCCAUAUCCCCAGCAUGACGGUGACGUUUGACAUCAUGGGAAGGGGGGACCAGCCCGACGGCGGCAGCGGCGCAGACCCAAAGAAGGGCAUCCGCAUCUUCAUUGGCAGCGAUGCCCUGCGAGCGCAUUCGGCGGACGUGCUUCUUUCUCGGAAUCAGAUUGUUCUUUACGGGAACGAUAGGAGCAGGCUGACGGUGCCGUUUGUGCGACCGGAGGACGAGAACGUGUUUAAGAAUAUUUGCACGAUUAACGUGCUUCCUGAGAAGCUGAGACUCAAUGCGGCAGCAGCGCCGUUUGUUUCCGGCGAUCAGAAGACGGUGUCUCGCGAUGAAGAAGCGGGGAAUUCCACCACCACUAGGGAUGGGAGCGUCGUGUCGGAGUUGCGGAAGGACAUGGAUGCCUCCUCAAGCCAUCAUGCGAUUUCGCCGACUACUGACGCGCCCGCUCGUGCGAUUUCGAACAAUAAGCUUGCAUCAGGGUCCCAUCGAGGAAGCGAGGUAGAUGACAACGAUACCCGAGAGAAGGAUACGACGACGACGAAUAAGAAGCUCGACGGUACAGAUACGAGCGGCCGAGAAGACGUGGCUUCCACGCACAUGUCGACGAGCAACGGAGCGGACGGGCAAUCGACCGAGUCUUCUCGUCGCGACACGGCAUCGGGAAUCUGGGGUUCAUGGCGACAGGGAACGGCCAACGGGAACGAGGCUGGGCAGCGCGAAAGCGGGCCUUUGAGCGGAUACCAGCCAGCAGGCACCCGCGGCCGGAACAUGAAGGUACUGAAGCCUCUCAAGUCGAGCUCGUCGGCGCGCACGGGGGCUUCUUACGAACCCCCGCCGCCAUCGCGAAACGGUGGAGAAACGCGACGCAAGAGUCAGGGGGCAGCGGGAGGAGCAGCAGGCGAGACUAGCACUAGCUCGAGCUCUGGUGGUGGCACGCUUCGUUGGGACACGAAGCGCACGGCCAGCGUCGCGAGUCUUGCGAGUCUCGGCGAAGCUAGGUCACCGGUGACGCAGCAGCCGCCGACGGGGACGGGGCAUACGCCGACGCUGCCAUCACGAGAGGCGCGGGGAUCGCAGAGUCUGCCGAGAUCGGCUAACCCGAUAGGAGGGGCGUCGGCGUUCUCGUGGAUGAAGAAGGCGGGACCGUCGGGCGAGUAG